AUGAUUGACAUAGAGCCGAAGCCAAGAUGGGAGACCGCACGCUCGAGCACCCCGAGCAAGAGGCUCAUCGUGUGCUGCGAUGGGACGUGGAAUGCCGGGGAUGACGGACAGUCGCUUACCAACGUUGCUAAAAUCUCACGUUGCAUUGCGGAUGUCGACGACUGGAAUGGGAUGAAGGACGUGGUACAGAUCGUAUACUACGUGCGCGGCGUGGGAACCGGAACCGAGAGCGGCACAGGAAUCGGAAAGUCCAUCCGAGCAGCUUACACCUUCAUCUGCACGAACAGGUCCAACCAGCACGACGAGAUUGUGCUCAUCGGAUUCUCACAAGGUGCCUUCGCCGCGAGAUGCGUCGCCCAAUUCGUCCAAGACGUCGGCCUCCUGACCAAAAGCGGUCUGCGGCAUCUCCGCGAACUCUUCAAGAUCUGGAAACAUCUCGGACCUGCGGAUGACAGGUCGGUAUUGGAAAAGAUGCGCGAGAAGCUCCAGAAUUACGAGGAGCUAGUCCCAGACGUCAAGAUCCGGGCCUGUGCCAUGUGGGAUACUGUCUCUGCAAUUGGAGCCGCAGAGAUUCCCGUGCUAAAGCAUCUCCCAAAGCAUUUCCCAAAGGGGACGACACCGGCGAAUGUCAAGCUUGCAGUUCAGGCCCUUGCUCUUGGUGGUGUUAGGAGCGGCAACGACGAUAUGACGGUUGCAAACAUUACCCUGGCCUGGAUGAACGAUGAUCCAAUAGCAGAGUCGGAUAGCGAAGCAAGAUUGUGCAAAGUUAUUGCUACGUCGCGAAUCUCUUCAGGAUUGUUGAAAUCGGACACAUCGUGGAUGUCAUGGAUGAUGGCCUUGUUCUACCAUGAACCCCGAAUCCCGGUACCGGAGCAACCUUCAUGGCUCGAAGCCGAAUGCCGCCGUAUCUUUGGAAACGAAAACCAGCGUCCGAGUGAUGCGAACCACGUCGUCGAAUACCAUCACAGCCUUGCGCCUGCAAUCGACCAGGAAGCCGAGAAGUCUAAGAACGACGUCCUCCGCAUCGCCGAAGAAAUACGAUCCACUCGCUUCGGAAAGGUCAUGUUCAGGGCUGAGCUGCUGAAACGGCAAGCCAAAGAUUGGGAGGAAACCAUUAUCACGGACGAUAAACGGUACAAAGAACGAGUCACGGGAGACUUGCUUGAAGAGGCAUCGUACGAAGCGGGAAUUCCCAUCUGCGCCAUCCUUUCAGCCUUCUACAAACUCGCCGAGCGAGACGCCGAGGACGACGAAGAUAGAGGAGGCUCCAUCGACAACAUCUAUGCAGACGAUACGCAGGGCCAAGAGCCCGAGUCCUGGGCUGAGAUAUGGAAGGAGAAGAAGCCAUUCAGCCAGCCUGCAACGCCGGCCGCUAUGUUCAGGUUUAAGAUUCUCGAUGAAGACGAAGCCAGCGCGGCGAGGACGAAGGCGAAGGCGAGCAAGGUGGAGCUCGAGCUCACGACGGAGCGCAUCAGGAACCGGAAGCCGGUUUUGGUGUUUACCAGGACGUACCCGCCGUUGAUGGGACGGGCGCACGAGAUGGCAAAGCCGGUGGAGAAGGUGUCUUUGGCAACGAGGAUUUCGAGGGUAGUGAGCCAUGCUGAGCUUCCUAAUAGAGUGCCGCCGUGCAAGAAGUGUUGUAUGAUCUGGAAGAAGAAAGAUUGA